AUGAUCUUUUACCUCUUCAUCCCUGCUCUCCUCCUUGGUUUUGUGGAGUCACAACUAACACAUUUCUCAGAGGAAAUCUUGAGUAAGGUUGUGAACAACCAAACAUUCGGCAAGUUCACAAAUGACAACACUACGACAAGACCGAACAAUUUGACUACCGGUUUGUUCGAAGAUGAGCUGACUGAAAUUGAGGCUGUGCUGCGCGAGAACCAGACAUAUGCUGUUAUCCAAGAGGACAAUGAAAGGUCCCAGCACCAGGAGUUCCCAGACAAACAGUACAAUCAUGCUGAGCUGAUAUACUUCAGCCACAGUGUCUGUGGUAAAGUGUUCCAUCAGGAGAUGCAGGCCAUCAGCACAGAGGACUGGUGCGUCCUAGACAACAUCAUCAGACCUUACAACGACUUAACAGAAUGCUUGAAGAGGCUCGCUGAUCUUUGCUACAGCUACUUCCCGAACGCCGACAUUGAAGACUUCUUCCUUUUCAUCCACUCCAACUAUUUCCAAAACUGCACCAAUGAAGAGGAAGUCCAGUUUAAGGACGCUCCUCACAGCCUGGUGAUCGUACUCACCGUCAUCCCUGUGAGCAUCAUCCCUGUCCUGGUUUAUUUGGCAGUUUCAAAAAGUUAAGUGCUGGCUGUGAUGCAAUAGAGGGAACGAAGAUCGGCACAUAUUAGGAAAACAGUUUGAAAGUGUACAGUAUUCAACCCCAAAUCAUAAGAAGCUGUGAAGGUCAAAAAGAUGAAGGCAUGAGUACAACACUGGCCGGCCUUCAGUGUCGAUCCGUACCUGAUUGAAAAAACUGAAACGAUGACCACCUCGGAUUGCUGCACAUCUUGGUAGCUCCGACUCCAGAACACCUUUAAAUGUUUCCAGAAGGAAUCACAACAUUAAAAAGUGUUGAAAGUGGUUCAUUUGCUGUAAGCCCGAAUGCAAACAUGGAUGUAUAUUUACAAGUCAAAUUAUGUUUAGAUUUAAAAAAAAAAAAAAAAAACAUUGUAUUUAGAGUAUAUAUUUUCACUUUCUUUUUAUUGCAUUUUCAUUACUGUUAUAACUGCUUCUGAUUGGGGUGUUUAUUCGUGUUUUAAUGAGAAUGUCUCAACAGAGACAAUUUUAUGAGGAGAUCAAUACUGCAUCCCAGCUGCUCAAAAUUCAGGCAAGAAUUGCUUCUAUCAGUAAACUUCCAUUGGCAUUAAACUGAUAUGAUACAAUAUGUUGACAGCUUAUUAUUUUCAUCAGUUUUUUUGUUUUUAAAAAAAAAAAAUAAAUAAAAUUGUCAAAUUGUUUAA